GAUUAGGUUUUUAAGUCCAAUGUACAUGAGGUAUGUGGUGGAUAAUAGUGUUCCAACUGUUCUGUUCAGACUUGGCCAUGCACUUUCCUCACAAAAGGAAUCAGAUACUCAAAAGAAAGGUUCGUGAGAUGUUCUAUUUUGGAUAUGAUAACUAUAUGAAUCAUGCCUUUCCAAUGGACGAACUGAACCCUCAUGAAUGCAAUGGACGUGGACCAGAUUAUGAUAAUCCCAGUAACAUAAAUAUUAAUGAUGCCCUUGGUAAUUUUUCAUUGGGAUUGGUUGAUUCCUUGGAUACCUUAGCAAUCAUGGGGGACAAAAAAUAUUUCAAAAGUGCUGUGGAAUAUGUUAUAAAUACAGUUUCAUUUGAUCAAGAAUGCACAGUUCAAGUGUUUGAAAGUACAAUCCGAAUGUUAGGAUCUCUCCUUAGUGCCCAUCUCAUUGUAACAGAAUGGACUGAUGUCUUCAAUGUGACUAUUGAUAACUAUGACAAUGAAUUGCUGACGUUAGCACAUGAUUUGGGUGCAAGACUGUUACCAGCUUUUGAAAAUUCAGAUCAUAUGCCAAUUCCAAGGGUAAAUUUACGUCACGGAAAAUCUGACUUGUUCAGUGAAUCUACCUGCACUGCUGGAGUAGGAACCCUAAUAUUAGAAUUUAAAAUGUUGGGUAGAUUAGUUGGAGACCCAAUAUUUGAAGUUGUUGCAGAGCGUGCUAUGGAUAAACUAUGGGAAUUAAGAGACAGCAAGACAGGUCUCAUUGGUAAUGUUUACAACACAAAAUCUGGAUCUUGGGAUGAUCCUAUGAGUGGUAUUGGUGCAGGAAUAGAUUCUUAUUUUGAGUAUCUUCUGAAGUCCUUUAUCUUAUUUGGUGACGAAAAGGAUCUAUCUAGAUUCAGUAAUCAUUAUGACAGUAUUGUAAAAUAUAUGAAACGGUUUUCUGUGGAUGACAGUAACUUGUCAAUCUAUGACAAUCCAUAUUAUUUUGCAAAUGUCAAUAUGAAAACUGGAAAACUACAAAAUCAUUGGAUUGACAGCUUAUCGGCAGCCUUUGUUGGUGUUCAAAUACUUCACGGUGAUCUUGAGGCAGCCAUCCUCCAUCAUGCUUUAUUCUAUGGCUUGUGGCUAAAAUACGAUGCUCUCCCAGAGAGAUACAACUGGUAUCUUAAGAAAUGUGAAUAUGCCCUGUAUCCCUUGAGGCCUGAAUUUGCAGAGGCUACUUAUUUGCUGUUCCAAGCUACACGACACCCUUUCUAUUUGUUUGUAGGCGAGAAAAUCUAUGACAGUAUUCAGAUGUACAAUAAAGCAAGAUGUGGUUACGCUACUUUAAAUAGUGUUAUCAGUAAAAAGCAAGAAGACCGAAUGGAAAGCUUCUUUCUCAGUGAAACGUGCAAGUAUUUAUAUCUCUUGUUUGAUCAAGAUAAUGUUUUGAACAAAAGAAGUGAUUUUAUUUUUACAACAGAGGGUCAUCUAAUGAGGGUUAGUAAAUUUGCCCGAGAAAAAAUGACAAUUUUUAAACCAUCAGAUUCGGACAGUAGACCCAGAAAUAUAUCACAUCUUUACUCUUGUGAGACGUUUCCUAAACACAGACAGAUGAUACCCCCUUUUUCAGAUGAGUUUUGGAGCAAUUUGAUUAAUUUCAUUGAUCUUAAAGUUUAAUCAAAAUUAACUUUUUAGGAUUUUAUGCUUAUCAUUGUUAUUUACGUUAACCAACACUAAACUUGUAUAUAUUUUUAGCUGUUUUGAUUAUACAU